CCCAGUGCCUUUCUUCGCGUCUGGUCCAUCUUUACUCCCUGGGAGUCGAGGAGGGGGGCGCGACGGCGGCCGUGAAGGGUCAGGGUAAGGCGUGGCUGUGUCCGCAGCCCGCGGACAGGCCGUCCGCGUAGGCUCGGAGCCCGGGACCGGCGGGAUUGGCGUGCACCUCGCCUCCCUCCGCCGCUGCGGACGCUCUCCCGGGAAGGAACUUGCGGUCUGCUCGGGCCCCCUCUGGAGAAAACUCCCAAGCCGCCUUCAGCCUUCCAGAUUAGUCGGUCUUCCAGGACAGAACUCCGCCGCUCUGCAUCGCCCUGCAGCCGCCGCCUCCUCUGCACCACCCCUGAUUGUGGAGCUCGGGAACUCUUUGUCAGAGACUCAGACUCUGUUCUUGAAGAAAAGAUAAAGGUAGAGAAGAAGAUGGUGGCUGAUUGUCUGACCAAUUGUUACCAGGUCUCGGUGACCUUUGAUGAUGUGGCUGUGGACUUCACCCAAGAAGAAUGGAUUUUAUUGGAUCAGGCUCACAGAGACCUCUACAGAGAGGUGAUGCUGGAGAACUACCAGAACCUGGCCUCAGCAGGAUGCGAGGUCAUCAAACCCAGUCUGAUUUCCUGGCUGGAAGAAGAGGAUUUGCAUAGAGAAGAUCUCCAAGAAUGGGAAAUGCCACUUGGCACUAAAGAGUCAACUCUGCGUCAGGAGUUUUUGAGGGGACAGACUCCCAGUAGAAUACAAACAGUCAGAAGCCACAGUGCACGAGAACUCUGUUACUAUGUACAAUGUGGAGAGAUCUUCAGUGAGCAUUCAUAUUUCAAGACACAAGUGAAAACUCACAGCACUUGCAACACUGGACAUUUUACUCACUCGAGUCAGGAUGCCUCUGUUCAAAUGCACACCAUAAAAACGUAUCCGUGUAAGAUCUGUGGAAGAGCCUUUGGACGUUCUUCAAAUCUUAAUAGACACUUACGAAGUCACACUGGAGAAAAACCCUAUGAAUGUAAGGAAUGUGGGAAAGCCUUCACUACCUACUCGAGGCUAGUGGAACAUUUUAGAACUCAUACUGGAGAGAAACCGUAUAAAUGCAAGGAUUGUGGAAAAGCCUUUGCUAAGCGCUCAGGCCUUAUAACACAUAUAUCAACUCAUGCUUCAGAAAAACCCUUUGCGUGUAAAGAGUGUGGGAAGGCCUUUGCUUCCUCUCCACGCCUUAGUCAACAUGUAAGAAUUCACAGUGGAGAGAGACCUUACAUAUGUAAGGAAUGUGGAAGAGCCUUCCUGACUUCCUCGUACCUACGGAACCACAUAGGAAGAACUCACAGUGGAGAGAGACCCUAUAUAUGUGGGGAAUGUGGGAAAGCCUUCCAUUCCUACUCGAAUCUCCGUAGACAUGUGAGAACUCACAGUGGAGAGAGACCCUAUAUAUGCAAGGAAUGUGGAAAAGCCUUCCUCAAUUCCUCAUACCUACAUAACCAUAUAAGAAAAACUCACAGUGGAGAGAUGCCUCAUAUAUGUGGGGAAUGUGGGAAAGUCUUCCAUGCUUCCUCAUACCUGCGUAGGCACUUAAGAACACACAGUGGGGAGAGACCGUGCAUAUGUAAGGAGUGUGGGAAAGCCUUCCUCAACUCCUCGUACUUACGCAAACAUCUAACCAUUCAUACUGGAGACAAGCCCUACGAGUGUAAAGAAUGUGGGAAAGCCUACCGUAGGUACAAUCUGCUGCAUGACCAUUUAAAAACCCACACAGUGGAGAAACCAUUUGAAUGUGAUGUAUGUGGGAAGUCCUUUCAAUAUUUUUCAUACCUUACUAAACACAUUCGUAUUCACACCGGAACAAAACCCUAUAAGUGUAAGUAUUGUGGCAAAGAUUUCACUACUUCCUCAAGCCGAACUGAACAUAUCCGAACUCACACUGGUGAGAGGCCCUAUGAGUGUACGGAAUGUGAGAAAACCUUCACUUCAUCCUCGAACCUCAUUCAUCAUGCAAAAAUCCACACUAGAGAGAAACCUUUCGCUGAGAAUGUAGGGAAGGCUACAGCAGAUUUUACCUACUAACCGAACACUAGUACCUCAUGGUGAAUAGAAUCACUUCAGGUAGGAAGAACGUCAAAUAUCCUUAGUCCUUCGUGUCUUGAUUUCAUCAGACUGGAACUUACACUAUUAAGAAACCGGUGUGGAACAGCCCCAAUGAUGACAGUUUACUUUGGAAACACAAAAGAACCCAUACUCAAGAUGCCCCAUGAAUUAAGGAAAGAAAUACUAAAGCCGACACUAUUUCCUAGGAACUUAUUAAACAUGUGAGACUUUGCAGUAAAGGGAAAUACACUGAUAUAAGACAUACAGAAGGUUGUAGUCCUGCUAAGUACUUUUAAUUCAUUAGUUCCAGCAGUUGAGAAAACUUUUUGAAAGUAAGGAAUGUUAGAAAGUCACAUAAACUUAAUCCUCAGUGUUUAGUAAAAAAUAUAAUUCAUACCUAAGAGAAAUCAGCUGUCUGGAAAUUCUGUCUGUGUGCCUGAAAUGUGGUAUUGCUGGCAGCAGUAAGGCCUGUUGGAUGCUGUUUAUUUUGAACUUUCGAUGUCUGUCCUGAUAGCCCUAGAGUGAUAUGUUUUCUUUCCUCUAAGCAACGCCAUUUCAUCUUGAUGGUUACAACUUCUGGGUAGCAAGCUGGUGAUAAUGGAGA